CCUCUGGACCCCUCUGAAGAGGCCAUGCCCUCGCCUCUCCCGCGGCGCGGUCGCCUGCAGAGCGAGGGCUCGCCCUCUCUGGACUCCAGGCCCUGCAGUAGCCCCUCGGAGCUCCCAGGUCGCGCAGGGAAGCUCUUCCCGGGGGCCACCCCUCCCAGGACCCCAAGGCUGCCACGCCGGCUGGCCUGGUGCUCCAUCGACUGGGAGCAGGUGUGCUUCCUGCAGAGGCUGGGAGCUGGCGGCUUCGGCUUGGUGCACAAGGCGACCUACCGCGGCGCGCUCGUGGCCAUCAAGCAGGUGCACCGGCGCACGCGGCACCCGCGGGCGGCCCGGCGCAGCUUCUGGGCGGAGCUCAACGUGGCGAGGCUUCGCCACGAGAACAUCGUGGGGGUGGUGGCCGCCAGCACGCGCACGCCCGCCGGCUUGCAGAGCUCGGGCGCCAUCAUCAUGGAGUUUGGUGGCGACGUGACUUUGCACCAGGUCAUAUACGGAGCCACGAGCGGCCCGGAGGCGCAGGACGCGGAGCCUCACUGCCGUGCGGGGGAGCAGUUCACCUUGUCCAGGUGUCUCAAGUACGCCGUGGAUAUCGCGAGCGGACUGCUUUUCCUGCACUCGCGAGGCGUUGUGCACUUGGACCUGAAGCCGGCCAACAUUCUGAUCAGUGAGCGGGACGUCUGCAAAAUCGGCGACUUCGGUUGUUCGGAGAAGCUAGAGGAUCUCCCGAGCUUCCGGACGCCUUCCCACGCUGGCGGCACGUACACCCACCGGGCCCCCGAGCUCCUGAAGGGCGAGGCCGUGACGCCCAAGGCCGACAUCUAUUCCUUCGCCAUCACGCUCUGGCAGAUGACUGCCCGGGAGGCGCCCUACUCCGGGGAGCGCCAGUACGUGCUGUACGCGGUCGUGGCGCGCGACCUGCGGCCCUCGCUCUCGGCGGCGGUCUUCAGGGGCUCCAGCCCCGGGAGGAGGCUCGGGGGCGUCAUCCAGGACUGCUGGAGGGCCAGUGCCCCGCGGCGGCCGAGUGCACACCUCCUCCUGGCCCACCUUGGCUCGCUGAAGGCCGAAUUCGCUGACCCGAAACCUGUAUCAAGAUAAGCUUUUGUCUUUGUCGUCUUUGUUUCUAUUUAUUUUUAAGGAAGAUGUAGG